CUUGUUAAUUCAUGGCGGGGUCUUAUGGCGCUAGGAAGACAUUAGGUGACUUGGUGAGAGGAAUCAGUAGCUUCACUGGGCUGAAUUUUGGCCUGAAUCACUCCCCAUACAUGUGACUUGCUGACGUUCCAGUAGAACGCUACUAUAGAGGAAUGCAUUGAAUGAAUGCUGGUUCAGAAGGGAUCGACAGUGCUCCUAACGUCCAGGUUGAGGAAGUUUAGUUUAGUUUUCGGCUGGUUUACUUGUUUGAUUUACACAUUUCUUUCAGAUCUCGACUACAGUAGGCCGACACGAUGUCCGGCGAUCAUCAUAAUGACAAGGAGGCUAUGAAUAUAUACUGUAUAACCCUCAACGGACCAGCACCAUGGGGCUUCAGACUUCAGGGGGGGAAGGACUUCAGCAUGCCCCUCACUGUGUCCAGGCUGACCCCCGGGGGUAAGGCCGUGCAGGCCGGUGUGGGCGUGGGAGAUUGGGUGGUGUCCAUCGGGGAGACCAACGCAGAAGACAUGACCCAUGUGGAGGCACAGAACAAGAUCAGAGCAGCAGAGGAGUCGCUCACCCUCACCCUCAGCAAAGCUUUCCAUGUGGGUGGAGAUCAGAAGGAUUCGCUCGCCCCCGCCUACGUUCAGCCCAAAUACUCCUUUGCCCCCAGCACCGCUAUCAACAAGAUGGCGCGGCCAUUCACGCCGGGAGGCGGUAACACGGUCAUUAAACCGGUGGCGUACGCCCCUAAAGUAAACACCCCGGCCUCAACGGCCCGCACCAGCAUGCUACAGCCACACAACGGCGUCAAGGCCUCUGCGUCACCUGCUCAGGCCCAGGCCCAGACCCAGGCAGCGGACAAACCUGAUGCCUCUAAGACGACAGCUCCAGUUAACUCUGGUCCUUUGGUGCGUCCUCCGUGGGUGACCGACCCAGGGUUCGCUGAACGUUACGCCCCAGAUAAGACCAGUACGGUUCUGACCCAGCACAGACAGCCGGCCCAGCCUACGCCCAUGCAGAACCGCUCCUCUAUUCUACAGGCAGCUCAGCAGGCACCCGAGGACAGUGGAAGGACCCCUCUCUGUGGAGCCUGCAACAAGAUCAUUAGGGGCCGGUACCUGGUGGCGCUGGGUCAGUCCUGGCACCCAGAAGAGUUCUGGUGUUCCCAGUGUAAGGUGGUGUUGGAUGAGGGAGGAUUCUUUGAGGAGCGGGGCUCAGUCUUCUGCGCCAAGUGUUAUGAUAACCGCUACACUCCCAACUGUGCCAAAUGCAAGAAGAAGAUCAUAGGGGAGAUCAUGCAUGCUCUGAAGAUGACCUACCAUGUCCAGUGUUUCAUGUGUGCUGCCUGUAAGAGCCCCAUCCGGAACCAGGCCUUCUAUAUGGAGGAGGGAGAACCUUACUGUGAGAGAGAUUAUGAGAAGAUGUUUGGUACUAAGUGCCAUGGCUGUGACUUUAAGAUUGAUGCUGGGGACCGCUUCCUAGAGGCCUUGGGAUUCAGUUGGCACGACACCUGCUUCGUCUGCGCUCUCUGCCAGAUCAACCUCGAAGGGAAGACGUUCUACUCUAAGAAGGAUAAGCCGUUGUGUAAAGGCCAUGCCUUCGCUCCCGUCUGAGAGAGAGAGAGAGAGAGAGAGAGAGAGAGAGAGAGAGGUGCUUCAGAGGGGACAGGAACCCACCCCGUUCUCUGAACCCUGAAGACCCUGUACUCAGCAACACACAGCACCAGAUACUCUCCACUCCACUGCAAACCAGACAGCUCCAGCAUCAGUGUUCAGAUCCUCACUAUCACUCAGCUACAGAUGUGUUCAGAUGUACCCUCAACUUAUAUCCCUCAACUCCUAUCCCUCAACUUAUAUCCCUCAACUCCUAUCCCUCAACUCCAAUCCCUCAACUUCUAUCCCUCAACUCCUAUCCCUCAACUUCUAUCCCUCAACUCCUAUCCCUCAACUCCAAUCCCUCAACUCCAAUCCCUCAACUUCUAUCCCUCAACUUCUAUCCCUCAACUCCUAUCCCUCAACUCCUAUCCCUCAACUCCUAUCCCUCAACUCCUAUCCCUCAACUUCCAUCCCUCAACUUCCAUCCCUCAACUUCCAUCCCUCAACUUCCAUCCCUCAACUUCCAUCCCUCAACUCCUAUCCCUCAACUCCUAUCCCUCAACUUCUAUCCCUCAACUUCCAUCCCUCAACUUCCAUCCCUCAACUUCCAUCCCUCAACUUCUAUCCCUCAACUUCCAUCCCUCAACUUCCAUCCCUCAACAUCCAUUCCUCAACUUUCAUCCCUCAACUUCUAUCCCUCAACUCCUAUCCCUCAACUUCCAUCCCUCAACUUCCAUCCCUCAACUUCCAUCCCUCAACUUCCAUCCCUCAACUCCUAUCCCUCAACUUCCAUCCCUCAACUUUCAUCCCUCAACUUCCAUCCCUCAACUUCCAUCCCUCAACUUCCAUCCCUCAACUCCUAUCCCUCAACUCCUAUCCCUCAACUCCUAUCCCUCAACUCCUAUCCCUCAACUUCCAUCCCUCAACUUUCAUCCCUCAACUUUCAUCCCUCAACUUCCAUCCCUCAACUUUUAUCCCUCAACUUCCAUCCCUCAACUUCCAUCCCUCAACAUCCAUUCCUCAACUUUCAUCCCUCAACUUCUAUCCCUCAACUCCUAUCCCUCAACUUCCAUCCCUCAACUUCCAUCCCUCAACUUCCAUCCCUCAACUCCUAUCCCUCAACUCCUAUCCCUCAACUUUUCAAAUGCGUCCUGUGCUGGCUCCCUCUACCGCUGUCAGCCAUACUCACUUGUCUCUUAGUAUAAGAUCUAAAGGGAUAUGAUGUCAACCUUUCAAACCAUCUGCCAGUUUUUUCUACUGCAGGUUACUCUAGUAUCAUAUUUAAUGGUAUAACGAAGUGUUAUUAUUACAAACGGAGUCAUUUCAA